UAGGUACGUUACGUACUUAUAUGUUGUUACUCUCGUAACUCCUUUAUUUUCUCUCAUAUUAAUUUCAAAACUACCUAUAAAGAUUAUUUGAAUUAAUUAACUAGCUAGCAAGAAGAGAAGAAAAGAAAACAUGAAGAGAAGUACUAGUAGACGUCGUUGUUCACUCAUACAUCAUCUUGAGUACUACAACAACCCGUUUCUCGUCCUAAUUUCACUUCUACUACUACUUUCGUCGUCAUGUUGUUCAUCAGCACAAACCCUACUACUACGCUCUCAUCUUAUUUAUAUCAACAAACAUCAUGAUCAACACCACCACCUUCGGAAAGGAGAGCAACAUCAUCAUCAGGUUUCUAUCGAGGAGGAGGAUGAUUCAAGGGAGAAAAAAGAAAAAGAAAUGACGACCGAGCCAACAUUAACAGGAUCAAGGUUGCCAGACUGCUCGCACGCAUGCGGACCAUGUUUCCCUUGCAAGAGAGUCACAGUUAGCUUCAAAUGCUCUGCCGUUGAGUCCUGCCCCAUGGUUUACAGGUGCACUUGUAACGGCAAAUACUAUCAUGUCCCUUCCAUCUAAGUCUAACCACUCCGCCUACUCUCUCUACCUAGCUACAUCCUACAUCCUACAUGUUUUUCUUAAUUCUUGUACUGUUAAUUAAUUCAUAAGCAAUUGUUAUAUCUAAUUAACCUCUUUUUUCUACAUUAUAUAUAUGUUCAGAAUCGGGCAUGGAUAAAGCAAUUUAUGCAUUUGCAUAGGCUCCACAUCUA